AUGAAGGUCUUCCAGCUCCUCGCCAUCGCCGCUCUCGCCGUCGCUGCUGUCAACGGUCAGACUUCAGCUGGUGCCUCCACCGCCGCCUCCGCCGCUGCGGCUACGACGUCUGCUGCGACUUCGACCGCGUCUUCCGCUGCUGCGGACACGGCCGCUGCCACCUCGACGGCCGCUUCAGGCAUGGACAGCAGCAUGAACAUGACGUCCAGCGGCACGACCGACUCGACCGAGGCCACAAGCACCGCUGGCUCGGCUGCUGUCGGUUCGGAGGACUCGGCCACGGAGUCUUCGAGCACCAAGGAGUCCUCGGGCUCGGCGGAUGCGAGCGCCUCGGCCUCAGGCUCCAGCGGUGCUUCUCAGAUCUCAGGCGCCAUGGGUGCAGCCACCGCCGCCGUGCUGGCCGUGGGCACUUACUUCCUGUAA